AUGGCUAAAGAGGAUAGUAAAAACUUAAGUACAGCAACGGUUAUGUUUAUUGGAGAUUGUCCAGGUGUAGGGAAGUCUAGAUUUGCAUAUGAAUUACCUGGUUUUUUGAAACAUAAAUUCAAUUCACCACUGAGAUAUCAUUUUGUUAAUUUGGCAAUUUGGUUCAAUUCAGGUUAUAAUCCAACUAUUGAAGAAGCAAAAGACAACCUAAUUAUAUCAACUGCAGCAAGAAUGAUUUUUAGUUACAUUACACAUGUCAGAUCACAUAGUUACAAUGGAAAAAUUAUGGACGAGUUAACAAGUUUGGCUUUUUAUAGGGAAAUUUAUAAUGAUUUGCAAAGAAGUGUUUAUCCUAAUGAUCAAACACUUGUAAAUGUAAUUUCAUGGAUCAUUAGAAGGGAAUCUAAUUUUACUGAUUUGCCUGUUUGGAUACAUUUAACCAUUGAUGAAUAUAACCAAGCAUUUCAGUACAUAACUGAUAUUUCUAUAAUUGACAAUUGGUGUAUUGCUAUUUCAAACAUUCAUCAAACUGUUAAAUUUAGCCGUGAUCUGUUUACUAAUUUACUCACAGGUACCCAUGUUCACACCAUGAUGAAUCUCAAAUCUGUAGAGUCUGGAGGAGAAGCAUUUCUCUCCAGAAUUACAAUUUCUAAAUUCAACAAGGAAGAAAAUUACCUUCUUUACAAACAAAUGAAAAUGCCCUACGAAAUUAAGUUGUUAAAUGCAUAUCUAACAAUGGGAGGACAUGCAAGAUUAUGUGUAGAAUUUAUCAAAGAAUAUAGAAACACUAAAAGUAUUUCAGCUACCCUAAAGGAGCUUCAAAAUGUUGUUGGUAAUAGGAAACAAGAUAGAUUUCAACUGAAUUUAAAUAGAGAUGAAAUUGAAUUUUUCUUAUCUCUCUGUUUCACAGGUAUUACCAUUUCAAAGGACUAUGUUUUUAACUCCACACCAAUUUUACAAUAUCAGAAGAGUAAUAUUGUACUUAUGAAACAAAUUUCAACUGACCAAAUUUUAAUAGAGAUACCUCUUUUAAUAAUAUCGGUAAUGUUAGAGAAAUUAUCAUCAUCAUCAUUUCUAAACAAACUGGGUAACUCUUUUGAACAUUGGGAAACAUUCAAUGAUAAUUUUGAUAAUUUUGAGACAUUUAAUCAACAACUAUUAGAGACAAAGCUAAAUUGUUUCCAAAAGCUAAAAGCAUUGAAUGUUAUUAAUGAACCUAUUACAAUCAAAGAUUUAUUUACAAUAGAUGUUGAUUUUCAUGAUUAUAUAAUUCAAUUAGAUAACUCCACUUAUUCUUCUGUAACACUAGACAAACAGUAUCCAAUUACCAAUGGUAUAACUUUAAGUCCUAAUAUUAUUUACAAAAAUGGCAAGUCAGCUCCUUUCGCUGAUUUAUUUUCAUAUUUGAAAGUAUGUAAACCAGACAAGAGCCAAACCGAAUUAUUUUGCUAUCUACAAGUCAAACAUACAAAAAAACAAGCUCACAUAGGUUUUAAAGAUGAUAUAGAACCUGAAUUAAAAAAACUAGAAAAUCAAAAAGAAAAGUUAUCCAGUGCUCCUAUUUUCAUGCUUUUUAUUAGUAACAGACCUCAUCUACAAAAACAACCAUUGACAAAUAAUUAUACUCAAAAAUAUAGUGUAAUAUACUUAGAUAAUGGAAAGCGUUACUUUAGCCCUUUUUCUGAUUUAUUGAACUGCAAUAUAGGUAUUGAGUUACCAAUUAAGGAGUUAUCUGUUGAUAAUUUGAAAUAUAUUUUGGGCAGAAGUUGUACAAAAAGAAAAAGUUUUCAUUUCCGAACAUUAGUAAGCGCUAUUGGGACAGCUAAUGAGAAUGAAAUAGCUACUAUACUUGUACAAUUCUGUGAUGAAGAAAUGCUCAGUAGUAUGCUGAGUUUCGUGAAAGAAAAAGAAAUAAUCAAGGAAGCAUUGGCUCUACUGGUACAAUCGAAUUGA